GUGCCUGAUCUUCCGGGUUUGCCCUGGCACCCUGCGGACACCACCCUGGCCCAACAGCCCCCGGCUCCAUGCGCUGCAGAGGAGGCAAUGCGGGGAGGAGAGGGCUGCUGAGAGGUGGGGGCUCCUUUUGGAGCAUCUCUACGCUGCUGUGCCCGGAGACGCGCGGCGAAGCCUGCCACUCCUCUGUGGCCGGCAGCCAGCCAGGCCUGAUCCGGGAUCGGCCCAGCGCUGGCAACGGCACUGUUGUGGGGCUUGGCGAUUCCCUCAGAAGCUGAAACCAAGGCAAAAGAGCUUAGGGGGUAGCGCACGGACACCUCAGACCGCAGGAGUCUGGGUCCAGGAUCGGCAGGGAGCUUGGAGGAGGGGGCCAGGAUGAACCCCUAUGCGGGGCUGGUGAGCCGCCUGAGGGCAGCCUGGCUCUCAGGGAAGACACGCCCUAUGGAGUACCGAGUGGCCCAGCUGGAGGCCCUGGGCCGUUUCCUGGAUGAGAAGAAGCAGGACAUCCUGGACGCCUUGGCCUCUGACAUGCGCAAGCCCCCCUUUGAAGUGGAGAUCUCUGAGAUCUCCAUUUGCAGGAGUGAGCUCAACCAUGCACUGAAUAACCUGGGCACCUGGAUGAAGGAUGAAUACGUGGAGAAGAACUGGGUGACACAGUUGGACUCAGCUUUCAUCCGCAAGGACCCAUAUGGGGUGGUGCUCAUCAUUGUUCCCUGGAAUUACCCCAUCAACCUCCUCCUGGUGCCCCUCAUCGGAGCCAUCGCUGCUGGUAACUGUGUCGUCAUGAAACCAUCUGAGAUCAGCAAGGAUGUGGAGAAGUUAGUGGCUGAGACGCUGCCCAACUACUUAGACAAGGACUGCUUUGCUGUGGUGACAGCUGGUGUGGAAGAGACCAACAAACUACUGGAGAACAAAUUCGACUACAUCUUCUUCACUGGCAACUCUUCCGUGGGCAGGAUCAUUAUGACAGCUGCUGCCAAGCACCUGACACCAGUGACGCUGGAGCUGGGAGGCAAGAAUCCCUGCUACGUGUCUGACACCUGUGAAGUGCACAACGUGGCCAGGCGGGUGGCCUGGGGGCGCUUCUUCAAUGCAGGGCAGACUUGCGUGGCACCUGACUACAUACUGUGCAGCGUGGAGAUGCAGGAGAAGCUGCUGCCUGCCCUGCGUGAGGCCAUUACUGAGUUUUAUGGCCCCAACCCCCAGGAGUCCCCUGACUUUGCCCGCAUCAUGGGGGACAAACAUUUCCAGCGCAUUCGGGCUCUGCUGAGCAGCGGGCGUGUGGCCAUCGGAGGACAGACAGAUGAACAGGAGCGCUAUAUCGCUCCCACGGUGCUGGUUGAUGUGCAGCCAAAGGACCCCAUCAUGCAGGAGGAGAUCUUUGGGCCCAUCUUGCCCAUCCUAACUGUGGCCAAUGUGGACGAAGCCAUUGCCUUUAUCAAUGCUCGGGAGCAGCCACUGGCCCUCUACGUCUUCUCCUCUUGCAAGAAGGUGCUGCGGCAGGUGCUGAAGCAGACCAGCAGCGGUGGCUUCUGUGCCAACGACACCAUGAUGCAUAUGACGCUCACCUCGCUGCCAUUCGGCGGCAUCGGGCACAGCGGCCUGGGCCGCUACCAUGGCCGGUUCACCUUCGAGACCUUCUCGCACCCGCGCUCCACCCUGCUCCGCGGUGCUGGCCGGGAGGCCCUCAACACCCUGCGCUACCCGCCCUACGCCUCGCGCCGGCUCCCGCUGCUCCGCGCCGCCGCCGAGACCAGGCGCGCUACCGCCUGCGCCCUCCUCUGAUCCGCCUGCAAUAAAGCCGAACCACCGCGGCUGCCAA